AUGGCUUCCAGCCUCGGUCUCCGCGCCGCGGCGCCCGCGCGCGCGCGUGUCGCCACUCAGAGCUCCCGCUCUAUGGUCGUCCGCGCGGCGGUCUCCACCCCCGCGCCCGUCGUGGUCAAGCGCGAAGACGUCAUCACGUCGGAUCCAUUCAACAACGUCACGGACCACAUCUUCGAGAAGAUCGGCACCAACCUUCACAAGCGCCCCGAUCACCCUCUCGGCAUCAUCAAGUCCGUCAUCGAGUCCUACUUUGACGAGAAGUACGGCAAGGACGUGUUCACCUCCUACGACGACCUCUACCCCGUCGUGUCCACGUACGCCAACUUCGACAGCGUCCUCGUGCCCCCCGACCACGUGUCCAGGUCCCAGAACGAUACCUACUACGUCGAUAACGACACCGUGCUCCGCUGCCACACCUCGGCGCAUCAGCUCGAGAUGCUCAAGGAGGGUGCCCGGAAGUUUUUGGUCACGGGUGACGUGUACCGCCGCGACAGCAUCGACGCCACGCACUUCCCGGUGUUUCACCAGAUGGAGGGCUUCCGCGUGUUCGAGCCGCAGGAGUGGGAGGAGGCGGGGAAGGAGUCCGUCGACCUCGCCGCGGAGGAGCUGAAGGAUUGCCUCGAGGGUUUGGCCAGGCACCUCUUCGGCGACGUGGAGAUGCGCUGGGUGGACGCGUACUUCCCCUUCACCGAGCCGUCGUUCGAGCUCGAGAUCUUCUUCAAGGGCGAGUGGCUGGAGGUGCUCGGUUGCGGCGUCACCGAGAUGAAGAUCCUGGAGGAGGCUGGGCUGGGGGAUAAGCGCGCGUGGGCGUUUGGCCUCGGUCUGGAGAGGCUCGCGAUGGUCCUCUUCGACAUCCCGGAUAUCCGCCUCUUCUGGUCCGACGAUAAGCGUUUCUCGAAGCAGUUCAAGGAGGGCAUGUUCAAGGCUGGCGGCGUGGACAUGCAGAAGUUCAAGCCGUACUCCAAGUACCCGCCGUGCCUCAAGGACGUCUCCUUCUGGCUGCCCAAGGAGGGUGACACGUUCACCGAGAACAACCUCUGCGAGGUUGUCCGCGACGUGGCGGGUUCGCUGGUCGAGGAGGUGAAGCUGAUCGACGAGUUCACGAACCCGAAGAAGGGACUCACGUCCAACUGCUACAGGAUCGUGUACAGGAGCAUGGAGAGGUCGUUGACGGAUGAUGAGAUCAACGCGCUUCAGGAAAAGGUGCGCGAGGACAUGGUGUCCAAGCUCGGCGUGGAGCUCCGCUGA